ACUCAUACUGCUCUAGAUUCUUAUCCUCCUGUUUCCCAUCUUAUUUUCUCGUACACAAAUCCAGACAUCAAAUUUUCUGAUUUGAUAUCGAUUUCAAAUCUUUUCUCUUGCCUUGUGUGUUUCUCAAAACGUUUUCAAAAUGCGAAUGAGUUGCAAUGGAUGCCGGGUCCUGCGCAAAGGCUGUAGCGAAAACUGCAGCAUUAGGCCUUGUUUGCAGUGGAUCAAAAGCCCUGAAUCCCAAGCAAACGCCACUGUUUUUCUUGCCAAGUUUUACGGCCGUGCUGGCCUCUUGAAUCUCAUCAACGCCGGCACCGAACACCUCCGUCCUGGGAUUUUUAGGUCGUUAUUAUACGAGGCUUGUGGGCGGAUUGUGAACCCCAUUUAUGGUUCAGUGGGAUUGUUGUGGUCUGGGAAUUGGCAGCUUUGUCAAGCCGCCGUCGAAGCAGUGCUGAAAGGAUCUCCGAUCACACCUAUUGCUUCGGAAGAUGCGGUGGAUGGUCAAGGGCCGCCUCUUAAAGCAUUCGACGUUCGUCAUAUUUCUGUAGAAGACAACUUCGCGGCCUCCAACAAUGUUGAUCGUGUAAAGAGUCGUUGCCGAGUCAAGAGAAGCGUGAAGCGGAAGGUGGACAAGAAAGCGAUAAAGGAAGAGAGCCGAAACGCAGAAGCCAAAUCCGAACCGCUUUACUGUAGUGACGAGGGAAACCGAUCGACGAGCCACGAGUCUUCGCUGAGCCAUCAGUCCGAGUUGGCGGUUAUGGAUGGGGAAUGUAAAGAAACCGAGAGCAUGAUCUCGGAGGAAACGGCGCUGGCGUCGCGGCUGUUUCCGGAGGAGCCGGAGUUCGGAGGUAAGGUUUCCAACGAGGAAUGUGGAGACGUUAGGCUGGAGUUGACGUUGGGAAUUCGACCGGGCGCGUGUGACGUGGUGGUGCCGGUGAAGAAACGGAAAUUGGAGGCAUAUGACACGUGUGAGAAUAAUCGCACGUGUAUAGUUGAGUUGGGGCUUUCUUAUCCGGCUUAAAAGAAAUCUUCUGGUCCUGUUUUGGCGGCUCGGUUUCGGGCCUUUUUUUAAAAAAAAAUCUUUUACAUAGAAGAGGGAAAAAUGUGAGGUGUAGAAAUGUGGGAUUACAUGAAUAGAAAUUGUACAUUUAUUAAAGGGUAAGUUUUUAAUAUCUAAAUUAUCAAGAUAAUUUAUGGUUUGUUUUA